GUAACAACGAAAUCAAGUCCACUCCCCCAUCGACGUUUGGGCAUUGCGUUCGAGGGUUUCCCGUGUUCGGGAAGCGGCUGAGUCGAUGGCCGGAGCAGGGAUGCGACGUCAGCUUCGAUUGAGCAGCGUGGCGCCGGGGCGAUGAAGUGUAAGAUCCACUCGUACGAGGAGGGCGUCGGCGUCUGCGCUUCCUGCCUCCGCGAGCGCCUCCUCGCCCUCGUCGCCUCCCGGAGCGAGAUCUCUGACACCCAUGCUCACCGUCGCCGGGGAUCCGACGCUCCCCCACCACCUCCUCCACUCGUCGUCCCCCGAUCCGUCUCGCCUUACGUCUCCAGCCGCAGAUCUGUUGAUUUCGAUGGCUCCUCCGGCCACCCCCUCCGGCUUCAGCCUUUCUUCAACACCCCCCAGGUCGGCCCCUUCCUCAACGCUUCAGGUGGACGCGGUGGGUUUGGGGAAGUCGGCGACGGGCGGAGGCGGGGGUUCUCUGUGUUGAGGACCCUUUUUGGGCGUCGCAGGCGCGGGGAGGCGGAUCCCGGUUUGGGGGCGUUGAAGGCUUCGGCAUCGGGCUCUUGGUUCUCGUCGCUGACCUGGUACCGCGAGAAGAAGAAUAAAGGGGCGCAGCUCUCCUCCGCCGCGGAGGAGCAAUCGCCCCGCGGCAGAGCACCGGGAUCUAGCGGAGCAGUGGAGAUGGUAAUAUCUCCAGCUGUGGACGGGGGCGAUGAUUACCAUACCAGUCCACGCAGCGAAAUGUGCAGGGAACACUGGCGGCGCCCGACUCCGACGCCGAUGCGGGAAUUCCUUGGGAGCAAACGGCAACCCCGUAGCUUCAGCCCCGUCUCGGGGUUCUCCGUCUGUCUGAGCCCACUGGUGAGAUUAUCUCCCCAUUCGAGGAGAAGGCAGGCAGCUGACAUGGGGACAGCCGGCGAUCUCCGGAGCGCUGCCGGCUCUGUCCACCAUCAAAACCGGGCGGUCGGCGGCGCCACCCUCGGCCGAAACCGAUCAAGGAAUGUAGGCAGUUUCAAAUGACGAUUUUGCCCCCACUUGGUCUCUCGUAUUUGCAACCCUUGCCCCUGUUCUCUCUUUCUUUCUAUUUUAGAGUAAUAAAUGCUGGACUAUAUACAAGUAAAAAAAAAAUCAGUAAAUUCAAUAAUAUGUGUGAUUUCUUUUUAAAA